GAGUCACGUGACAAACAGCACCCAGGAAGAAAAACAGUCACUCUAGCCUAUUUUCUUGCAAAUUAAGCACCUAGUAAAUCUGCCAAGAUGAUGAAAGCCAAGAAAUACGACUGGAAGGAUUCCAAUCUUGCCUUAUUUGGUUCUGAUACUGAAAAACAAGUGAAGAAGGAAUCCGCUGAGUCUGAACCAGCAUGGCAGGGAGCGGGUGCUGAACCAGGAUUACAGAUCUGGAGAAUAGUGAAAUUUAAAGUAACUCAUUGGCCUAAAGAAGAUUAUGGUAAAUUCUAUUCUGGAGACUCCUAUAUUGUAUUAAAUACAUUCAAGGAGGGCUCAUCAGAAACUUUAUGUUAUGAUGUUCACUUCUGGAUUGGUAAAGAGAGCAGCCAGGAUGAAUAUGGUACAGCUGCCUACAAAACAGUUGAACUUGAUACUUUCCUUGGUGAUGUUCCUGUACAACAUCGUGAAGUUCAAGGUCAUGAAUCUCAAUUAUUUAAAUCCUAUUUCAAGACUAUAACUCUAAUGAGAGGUGGAGCUGAUUCCGGUUUCCGUCAUGUUGUACCGGAAGCUUACAAACCACGUCUGCUACAUUUCAGUAAAGCAAGUCGCACUGUAACUGUUUCAGAGGUGCCAUUGAGUAAGAAGAGAAUAACUGAUUCUGAUGUAUUUAUUUUGGAUCUGGGUAGAACUGUCUAUCAGUAUAAUGGAGCUAACUGCAGUAAAGAUGAAAAAUUCAAGGCAGCUCAGUAUUGUCAACAACUUGAAUCUGAAAGGAAUGGUAAAGCUAAAUGCGAAGUUUUGGAAGGCAAUGAAAUUUCACCAUCUCACCCGUUCUUUGCUAGUUUACAAGAUGAUGAUGAAGCCGAUAGUGAUGAUGAAGGUACAGAUGGUGUAAAGGAACUGUACAAGGUAUCAGAUGCUGGUGGAAGCUGUAGUUUUAAUAAAGUUAAAGAUGGACCAAUCAGUCAGGGUGACUUUUCUUCAGAUGAUGUAUUUGUUCUUGAUACUAAAGAAGAUUUGUUUGUUUGGAUUGGUAAAGGUGCUUCUAUUGAUGAAAGAAAAAAUGCUCUGAGCUAUGCCCAUGGUUAUCUGAGUAAGACAAACCAUCCAUUUAUUCCUAUCACCUGUUUCUCGGAGAACAAGUCUGUUGCUAACUUUCAGGCUGCACUUACAGCUUAGAUACAUAAUUGUAUGCCUGUCUUGUAGAACAAACCACAUGUUAGUUUUUUUUCAAAAAAUGAAAGUUACACACCUAAUCAUAUCUUGAUAAACUAUGGUCACAAUGAAUGUCUCAUAAAAAAAAUUUCCUGUAAGAAUUUUGAUCUUACAAUCACUAAAAAAAAAUGUGGAUUCAGGCAUUUGUUUGAAUACAUCUUUGAAAUUUUUUUUAUAUAUUGAUAUCUGAGACUGUAAGCUUUUUUGAUUUGAAAAAAACCUGACAUAAAUUUUCAUAAGCUGCCUUUUAGAUAUUUUUUUUAUAGAUUCCCUUUGUAUAAUAUAUAUUCUUUGAUACUAUGCUUUGCGUAUAGUGUAAUAUAUAAUGUUUAGAUUUUUUCAAAUAGUGCUUUUAAUGUUGCAUGUUUACAUUUUCAGUCAAUUUGUUUGUAGUGUUUUCCUAUAAAACUUUUUUGUAACCUGCAAGAAUUAAAUAGAGAAUAGGGGAAUGUGAUGUACAUAACUGGCACACCAUUUUCCAAUGUGCUCCUACAUACAUUGCCAUUGUGUUUUCAAGUUGAUUUAUGGAGGGUCUGUCUGAUUUCUUCUUAGGGAGUUGCAUGUGUUAAGAGUCUUGCCAUUCAAGUCAAUUGUUUAUUCCAUAAUACUCAGUUUACAGUAUAAAAUAUUCCAUACAGGUUAUUGUUUAAUGUUAUUAUUUGAUAUUUUAAAACAUUCAAUAUAUAAAGAAUAGUAUAGUGCCUACUUUUUGCACCUCGUUAAAGCAAGUGAAAAAUCUGUAAAUUCCCCAAUCAUUAUACUAUGAAAGAAAUCUCUUAAAAUGCCUCUAUUGGGUUCUCAAAAAAGUGUGACCAAGAUUCGGUUGAAAAUUGUUUCUUAUAUUAAACAUGAAUUUUGUUAGAUUAAUCAGAUAAAGCACUAAUAUCAGAGGUCAAACCAAAUACCAAAUGUGCCUGUCUCAAACCUCACUUGUUAUUUAAUAUUUGUGUCAUGAAGUCUACAGCUGUAUUGUUUUAUUUGCUCAGUAUUAUGUCAUUAAGCUCUAUGUUUAUGUUAUGCUAUAUUUCUAUUUUGUUAUCUCAGUUUACUCUGUCAUUUUCUGAAUCAACUGAUUAUUAAAAUCUAUCAAAUUCUAUUAUUAUAUUUACAUUUGAAGAACCCCAAUUAAAGGAUGAUCAGCUGAUCUGUUAAACAG